AUGUAUUGUAAAACUCAAUUGCCUGACGAAGGAAAAAAUAAGGUACUAGAUCAUGAUCAUAUAACAGGAAAGUUUCGUGGAGCAUCACACAGUAGUUGCAAUCUUAAAUUACGAAUUGAUCCAGAAACAAUAAAAAUUCCAGUAUUAUUUUGCAAUGGAAGUGGCUACGAUUUUCAUCAUCUAAUGCAAGAAAUAGCAAAAGUGACGGAUGAAAAAAUAGUACCUAUAGCAAACAAUUCUGAACAAUAUAUCACUUUCUCAGUUGGCCAGCUUCAAUUUAUUGAUAGUUUAAAAUUUUCGUUACCUGGUUUAGCUAAGAUGGCAGAAAACUUACGUGAUGAAAAGAAGGGCCAAACUAAAACACCAGAACAACUAGCAAAAUGUUUUCCAUUUAUGUCGAAAUUCAUCUCACCUCAUUUAUUAUCAUUGCUUACGCGUAAAGGAAUAUUUCCAUAUCAAUGGUUAAAUAGCAAAACGAAAUUUAAUGAGACACAACUACCUUCACGUAAGGAUUUUAAUAGUGAUUUAGAUGGGUUUAAUUACUGUGAUCAUAAUUGUAGAAUAGAAAAAUGUGAGCAUGGAGAGAAGAUAGGGAAAUGCAAACAUAAAUGUCAGAAAUGUAAGCAUAAAAAAGAACCAGGUAAUUGCAAUGAAUGUGAAGAAAAUAAAGAAUCGACUUCCCCAUUAGUGCAGAAAAUUUUAUCAUUAAAAGAAAAAUCAAAUCGAGGAUGUUGUUUAGAGGUUAAGUUAUCGAUUCCAAAAGAAUUACACCCCAAAUUUCGAGAUUAUCCAAUGUGUCCAGAACGAAAAAAAGUACCAUAUGAUUGGUAUAGUUUGAAACAAAAAGAAUGGUUAGGAAAUCAAUCGAGUGAAUAUAGAUCUGGUUCGACAG